AUGGGCGUCCGUUGGCUCCAAUUCUCUUUGGGAGCCUGUGCGGUCGGUUUUCUGUCAUGCGCCUUCUGCUUGGUAUCCAUUUUUGGAGAUCUACGCCUAUUCCUAAGAGAUAGCCAACACGAGCUCACUCAAUUCAAGGAAAUUAGCGACGAUAUUUGGGAUAGUUUUCUAAAGGACGCCCCCGAAAUCUUUGCCACGCCAGCGAAGAGCCGGACGAUUAGACAGGCUAACUACGUCCAAAAUUCAUAUGUAAAUGGCGCUCAAACGACAAGGGCUCCCUAUGGCGCGCCGUCGAUUCGCCCGACUAAACCUCCGGGGUGCAAUUGUCAGAAUGAGAAAAAUAACUGCCCGGCUGGCCCGCCAGGACCUAAAGGGCAACGGGUAUCCCCGGAAUGCCAGGUGCUGCCGGAAACAAAGGAUAUCCCGGACAAUCCGGUCUCCCCGGAAAGGAGGGAAUGCCUGGAGCAUCAGCUAUUCGGAAGAUAUCUUUGCCUGGGCCUCCAGGAGCUCGUGGAUCGAUUGGAAGGAUCGGAUAUCCGGGUGAAGAUGGGAUGCCUGGAUUGGAUGGAAGGGUUGGGCCUGUUGGGCCACCAGGAUAUGCUGGACAGCCUGGUAGACGAGGAAUGCCGGGUGGACCAGGGACUGUUGGUGGUCCUGGGGAGCCAGGUCACGAUGCUGCAUAUUGUCCAUGCCCUCCACGAUCGA